CUAGUAACCCACCCGCAGCACAACACAAUGGCACUAAGCGAGGACAGCAACGACUUGCUCCAAGCCCAGGUGGAGCUCUGGAACCAGACCUUCAGCUUCAUGAAGUCGGUGGCGCUCGCCGUCGCCUUGGACCUCGGCAUCGCCGACGCCAUCCGCCACCACGGCGGCGCCGCCACCCUCUCUCAGAUACUCUCAGAGAUUGCCCAAACCAUUUGCAGGGUUAGUAUCAACCCAUGUAAGCUUCCUGGUCUCCGUCGCCUCAUGCGCGUUCUCGCCGUCGCCGGAACCUUCACUAUCAGGAACCAGACCUCGUCGGACGGGCAUGAACCUGUCUAUAAGCUGACAGCAGCUUCCCGUCUCGUCAUGAGCAACAACGACGGCGAGAGCUCGGCGAGCCUGUCCCCUAUGCUGAGCCACGUGCUCAAUCCUUUCCAUGACUCGCAGCUCAGCAUGGGCCUCGCCGCGUGGUUCCGGCACGACGAGGAGCCUGGCCGGUGUCCGUUCGCCCUGAUGCUCGGCGCAACCGUGUUUGAGAUGUGCCGGGGCGACGACGCGGUGAACGCGUCCAUCAACGACGCCAUGGCCGCGGACAGCCGUUUCCUGAUGCGGAUCGUCUUGAAGGAGUGCGGCGAGAUCUUCCGCGGGAUAGACUCGCUGGUCGACGUCGCCGGCGGGGUCGGCGGGGCCGCCGCCGCCAUCGCAGCGGCGUUCCCGUCGUUGAGGUGUAGCGUGCUUGAUCUCCCUCACGUUGUCGCCAAGGCUCCGUCUGUUAGUGAGGUGCAGUUCGUUGCUGGAGACAUGUUUGAGAGCAUUCCACCCGCAAAUGCUAUCUUGCUCAAGUACGUGUUGCACGAUUGGGGCGACGAAGAGUGCAUCAAGAUAUUGGAGAACUGCAAACAAGCUAUCCCUUCACGAGAUGCAGGAGGAAAGAUAAUAAUAAUAGAUAUGGUGGUUGGAUCUAAGCCGUCGGAUAUCAAGCUUCUGGAGACACAGGUUUUGUGUGAUCUCGAUAUCAUGAAAAUUGGUGGGGUUGAACGAGAUGAGCAAGAGUGGAAUAAAAUAUUCCUUGAAGCUGGAUUCAAGGACUACAAUAUUAUGCCGCUAGGUCUCCGAUCAAUCAUUGAGCUCUAUCCAUGAAUGCCGUGUGAACAAGUCCGAGUAGAAAUAAAAGCACAUGAUGUGGUGAGCGUACUAGUGACUUUCUGCUGCUGGACUAUUAUAGAUGAAAUUUCAGAUUUCAAAUUUGGUCAGUUUUAGUCUGUUCAAUGAAAUUGUGACGAGCUAUCACACUUCGCUUAGGAGGAUGACCGGUCUUUGGAGUCAUCACUGAAUAAAGAUUAUUCUUUUCUUUAUUCUUUUUCUUUUUCCUUUUUGGAAUCUCUCACAUUCACAUCAAGUGUUCCACAAUAGAGUAAGUGGCACAUUACACAAGAACACGUACCAUAGCCAUAUGAAGUUUGAUUAAAGUUCCUCCCGUAUAUACACUAUGUAUUUGUUCACAACUUGUCCAAAUUUAUGUUGUACA